UCUACCGCGAAGCAAAGUACUUCUUCCCCCGAUCAUUAGUGUUUCCAUACACAUACUGAACGCUCCAGCCGGCUCAUUCAAUUCGAAUUUCACCUAGCAGGCGCGUUAGAUUUUUAGUAGCUUUUUAGGGGCGAUUUUGCCUGCACAGAUUAGCCAAGCAUACGGAUAGGCUACACAUACCGACACUUAGUAUAGAACAUUCAUGCGUGUUGUUAUCUCAUUCACCAGUGUGGCUUACAUUAUGGCUUUGUGGUGUAGUUUUGGUCGGCCAGUCUUCUGGAAGUGCUUAUUUCGUCAGUGAUCGAUGUUUGGAGAGGUACGGGUACCAUCGGGAUAGGCGACAGGAAGGGCCACGACGUGUGAAAAUUCUUUCGGUGCGCAACCUCCGCUGAAUUCUGUGGACAGCCAGAUAGCUGACUGGGCCUGGAGCAUCGCCACCGGUAGAUCUGUCUGGGUCUAGUGCAAGGGGCCACGAUGUCCUCUUGGUCUUCCGGUUUGAGGAGGGCGGAACCUCUGCCACCAUUGAAUCAGCCAGAACAGAUAUGCGAGUUGCAGCCGCAGCACAUGUAUCAAAUGUAAAAAUGUCUGGGUCUGGAAGAAUGCAAGUUUGUCAUGCUAAUUUUGGACUCUAGAAAAAUCUGUAUUGCAUGACCAGCAAGAGGAGCCCAGUUUCUGCUACGCGGGGAGGCCAUUUGUCAUGCGGAAUAGGCAUCAAGAAGCACCCAGAAAAUCUGUGAUGCCAGGGAAUACAUCGCAGACGUCACGGGCCAUGUAAAAUCUGCAUGACAAGUUCGCACUCUUCCAGACCCAGACAUUUUUACACUUGAUAACAUGGGUGCCCUGACGUACAGCUUCUUUUUUGUCUGGUGUUUCAUCCUCUGGUGGGAAUUUCCGGCGGACAAAUGCUUGGUGCCGUUCGAUCCCAACACGACGCCGCCCCCGUUGCCAGCUUCCGCAGCGCAGGGCCUGUUGUCCCUGCAAAAGGCGGCAGCUGCGGUAGAGAACCAGGUCGAAGCAGGCGGCGGCACCAGUGCGAACCUGCGUCGAGCAGCUGCCGGAUCUAGAUCUGCGAGCAGCCUCGCGGACUUUUAUGCGAUUGGACGCAUACCCCUGAAUCCAGCCGUAUUUCAGUUGCAAGGCCAGGGCGUAAAUGAUGCUCGCCCACCCGCAUCCACCUCGUCGCAGAGAGGUGGAGUAGGUGAUGUGUGGCGGAAACUUGGGAUUACGACAGCGGAAGAGCGGACGAAGCCUGACCGUGCAGACGCUUCCUCUCGCCGUCUUUCCGCUGCACCAGCGCGCCUUCGCCAGGACGAUGGUGGUGAUGUCCCACAUGCAGAGAGCAUGUGGGAAUAUGCUUCCUCGGCCACCUUGGGAGCCGCACCACCAGGAAGUACAGCUUUCAGUCACGGCAAGCCGCAGCUGAUUGCGGAGCCGCCCCGCAGUCUCUCGAAAGAAGAGUCUGACGCCCUGCUAUCAGCUGCGAAAGCACGGACAGCUCCUACUACGCUGAAGCAAAGCACAAGAGACGUUUGUUAUCUCCACCUGAUUCGGCCUGAAACGCCCGUGACUGGGCCCGCCUACUUACUUCUCGGGCCCCUGCAGAACUUCUACCUCCGGCACGUGCUCCUCGUGUUCUUCUUGUCGGCCUUUAUGGGACUGGUGUCUCUCUGCAAAGCAAGGCUUUUGCACAACAUUAACCGUGUGAACCUCCUCAGUUUCUGCAGCCUAAGUUGGUUUUUUUUUGUGGCGUACGUGGCGACUGCAGUGGUCUUUUCGAGGUGGAUGCCGUGGCAAGUCUACGACGACGAGCUGCCAGGACGUGGCGUUGUGCCCUGGCUACUAUUCUACAUCGUGUCCGGUCUCGUCGUCCUCCAAAUCCUCGUGCCCGCCCUUCUGCUCAUUGCGAUUUGCGGUUGCCUUCCCUGUCUCCCGUGUUGUGCGCCGUGUACUUUUUGUCUUCCAUUUUUUUAGACUGUCGAAGAAACUCGCCUCACAUUGUCUUUUUUUCGUAGAUGAACAAUGCAACAUCACGAGGUUUACGUUUCUGUGGUUUUGUACCUGCCAGUGCGUAAUAUCUAACCAAGAUACAAUCAAAUCAGUUGUGCUGCACGUCUUUCGGCGACAAAUACUCCGGGGCGACACGCGGGGAAGGAGCGCCCGGAGCGUGGCCCAAACUUUGAGUCGGUGUGUGACCUACAAGCUGAGUGAGUCCGACCCUGCGCACGGUGAGAACUGCAGCAUUUGCUUGCAGGAACUUGAGGCGGGACACGAGGUUGGCGAAGCGCCAUGUACGCACGUCUUCCACCGCGAAUGCCUGGAGAAGUGGGCAUCUUUCGGGGGAUCAAACUGCCCCGUGUGCAGAGAGACGUUGGCGCGGCCCGAGGACGGACAGUUUCCUCUUCUCACUGGCGAUCGCAUAGCCACCGAACGUCGCGAGGUCCGGCCUUUAGGCACGUCUGCAAGUGGUCUGGAUGAGGCCAGUGCGUCGUCCCCUGCAGGCGCUCCGCUCUAAGGCGAGGGCGGGGUGUGUGACGACCUACUUCAUACAUAGAAGACCACUACCGUCUGUAGGUGGAUGGUGAUUUGCUUUGAUUUGCGGGAGCGCCUUUUCAGCGCAUUCCUGUCUACGUGUGAGAAUACAGUGCUCGCUUGUCUUCAUGUCCAUGUGACGGAACGGCAUGUGAAUACACGGUAGGCCCUUUUCGUCCCUCCGUGCAAAUGAAAAACCCUGCUGACUACAAGUACAACCAAGAAAUCACGAAAUGAACUCGAGAUAAUGCACAGUGGCACCGCAGCAUGCAUCUUUGAUGAACAGGGCGUUGCUGCGCCAUUGUAAAGCGAUUUUUCUACAGAGGCAGCGAGGAUGUGUUCAAAGAGGG